AUGCCACAGUUCCCUGCAGCCAGUCAGGCUGAGAAUGCAGAUUAUCGCACAAAUCUCUUUGUACCCGCAGUUGAAGCUAAUGUUGAGACUGAGACAUACGAAACUGUGAAUCCCACUGGGAAAAAGACUUUUUGUACAUUUGGGAAAGACAAGAGAGAGCACACUAUUCUCAUUGCCAAUGUUAAACCUUACUUAAAAGCCAAACGUGCCCUGAGUCCUCUGCUUCAGGAGGUUCCCUCAGCAUCGAGCAGCCCAACCAAGACAUGCAUUGAGCCUUGCACCUCAACAAAAGGACCACUGGAUGGUUGUGAAGUGAAAUCAGGAGCAUUGGCUGAACCAAGCAGCCAGUACUUGUCAACUGACAGUCAGUAUCUAUCGCCUAAUAAACAGUCAAAAGACGUUCCCUUCAUUGCAUCAGAUCAGAUGGCUAGGGCCUUUGCAGAUGUGCAUUCCCGAGUGAGCCGAGACUCGAGUGAGAUGGACUCUGUUCUGGAACAGUUAGACCGUUCAGCCCGGGAUCUAGGCAGGGAAUCGGUGGAUGCUGAGGAAGUUGUGAGAGAAAUAGACAAGCUCUUGCAGGACUGUCGGGGAAGUGACCCUGUGGCCGUCAGAAAGUGAGGGGGAAAAUAAGGACAGGCUGGCAGUUACGUUCCUCUUCUACUGAUUAAAAGUAAAUAAAUAAAUCCCCUGGUCGUAACAGAUUUACAGGAAUGAAGGAAGACCAAUGCUGCUUUAAGGCUUUUAGUGAACAUCUGAAGUGCCCACAAGUAUGUUCUUUUCACUGCUCUUUCUUUUUGACAAAUAACACUGGUUUCAUUUUGACCAAACUUUCAUUAGGACAGAAUCAAGUACACUAAGAACAAAAGGAAAGAAGGAAAGACGGUGCCAUUUUGACAAUCUGAUAGGAAGAUGUGAGAAAGGUGGAAUGGAAAUAUGUCUGAUACUUUAAGACUGUCCUCAAUAGCUGAUGCUGACUUUACUGUUUACGUAUAAACCCCAAGAAAAACAGGGUUGAAUAAUUCUAAUCUGUGGUGGAUUUCCAGCAGUCUCCGCAGGCUUCUACUAAAAGUCCUAAAAUGAGUUCUUGUAGUAGUCCUAGCGACACCAAACAUUAACAUUCAUUUGUGGUAAACACGUAUGUACAAAGUUACCUGCCACAA